UUGGUGUUUUUUUAUGGCAACUUCCUCAGGGAAGCUGGGAGCCUGGCAGGCAAACCAGAGCGAGAGAGCCCAGGCUGUGCCGGGGGCUUCGGGCUGGGCUGGGCCAAGCCCCGGGGAGGGUCUGGCGAGCGCAGAGACCGCCCAGCUCAUGGCACGGGUGAGCGGCGGCUCCGCCCCGGGCUGGGCUGGGCGAGGGAGCGGAGCCGCUCCCGGUCCCGCACCGCCGGGAAGCAUCCCGGAUCCAUCCCGGGUCCAUCCCGGGUCCCGGGGCUGCCCUCUGGACCCGCAGGGACCCCCGGGCAGCGGCGGGGGGCCGGGAGCAUCGCGGGCUUGGGGAGACCCGUGGAUCCCGGGGCUGAGUGGGGACCCCCGGGCGGCGCGGGGGGCUCUGCCCGGUCCCCACCGCCGGCCGGGCGGGCCCCGGGGGUCGCAGGGUCCCCCCUGCCCCGUGGGAGCGGACAGAGCUCGGCGGAUGCCGGGGCCGCCCGGGGGUCCCCGCAGAUCCCUGAGGAUUUGUACCUGUGCAGGCUGUCCCCUCGCAGGGAGCGUUUGCCAUGGACGCUGGGCACGUGAGCAGAUCCCGCUUCAGUGUGGCCUCCAGCCCGCCGCGGUGGGAGAUCGGGCUCUACGCCGCCGGCGCCUUGGCGCUGCUGGGAAUCGCAGCCAUCAACCUGUGGAAGCUCUGGCGCUCCGGGAGCUACCCGGCCCCUUCCCCCUUCCCGAACUAUGACUACCGGUACCUGGAGCAGAAGUACGGAGCGGCGUGCCCGGACAUCAGGAACAAGCGAGGGCUGGCCCCGGGCUCGCAGCGGGCACCAGGCCGGAGCUCUUCAUCCCGAAAGAGCAGCCUGAGGGCAGAGGACACCUUGGAGAGCAUCCAGGAGCUGGGCAGCCUGGAGCUGAUGGGCAGAGACCUGGGCCUGGCCCACUACGGCCCCCUGCGGAAAUCCAUCUCGGCCGACUCCCUCAACUCCAUCUCGUCCAUCGGGAACAACUUCGGGCAGGAUUUCACGGUGGGGCAGGUGGAGGUGUCCAUGGAGUACGACGGGAGGGCGGCCGCCCUGCACGUCAUGCUGCUGCAGGGCAAGGACCUGCUGGAGAAGGAGGACGCGCGCUUCGAGUCCUGCUUCAUGCGGAUCAGCCUCCUCCCGGCCGAGCAGAUCGUCGGCAUCUCCCGGAUCCAGAGGAGCUCCUACUCCGUGGCCUUCGACGAGCGCUUCUCGGUGCCGCUGGAUCCGGCGGCGCUGGAGGAGAACAGCCUGCGCUUCUCCGUCUUCGGCGUGGACGAGGACGAGCGCAGCGUCAGCACCGGCGUGGCCGAGCUCAAGCUCUCCGACCUGGACCUGGCCACGCGCCCCUUCAACGCCUGGCUCUACCUGCAGGACACCAACAAGGCGGUGGACACGGUGGGGGAGAUCCUGCUCUCCCUGAGUUACCUGCCCACGGCCGAGCGGCUCACGGUGGUGGUGGUCAAAGCCAAGAACCUGGUGUGGAGCAAUGGGAAGGUGACUGCAGAUCCCUUCGUCAAGGUGUACCUGCUGCAGGACGGGAGGAAGAUCAGCAAGAAGAAGACAGCGGUGAAGAGGGGAGACACCAACCCCGUGUUCAACGAGGCCAUGAUCUUCUCCGUGCCCGCCAUCGUGCUCCAGGAGCUGUCCCUGCGCGUGACGGUGGCCGAGAGCGGCGAGGACGGGCGCGGUGACAACACGGGCCACGUGCUCAUCGGGCCGGCGGCCAGCGGCAUGGGCACCACGCACUGGAACCAGAUGCUGGCCACGCUCCGCAAGCCCGUCUCCAUGUGGCACCCGCUCCGCAGGAACUAGGCCGCAUCCUGGGGACAGCGGGCCCGCAGCAGGGACUCGGUGACACCCACAAGGCCGAGCUGCCGAGGGGCCCAGAGCACCCGGAGCACGGAGAGAGCGGCUCCGUGGGCACGUUCCGGGUCACCCCCGCACGCGCGGGGCCAGAGCUGCCGGGAAGGAGCCAAAUGGACCAAAAGCGGCAGGAACGCCCCCAAACCGCGGCUCCCGAGCGUUCCGCGUGCUCCCAACGGCCUCGAAAUCCGCGGAAUCCUCAGACGGGGACUCUGAGAGAGGGAGAGGGGGGGAUUCCUUUGGAAGGUGGAUUUUGGGUGGGAAUCGUGAGGGCGGUGACAAAAGCCAGCCUGGCGUGGGUGGUGAUCCUGAGGGGAUCUUUUGCAGUGACUUUGGUGCGCUGUGCCAGGGUUGGAAUGUUUCCAGUGAGAAUGGAAAAAGGGAGCAAUAAGAGCAGAAAAUCAAUUGUUACAUACGGCUUCUCCUCCCAUCUGUUCCCCCACACAGUGAAUCCCUGCCCAUCUCCACUGCCUGGGAUUGGUUUCCAACCACUUGGUUUCCAACUUCUUGGGUUUGAGGUCAGAUCCAUGCUGGGAAUCAUCCCCCAAAGGGCCAGUAGGGCCAGGGGCAGCUUUUCCCACCCCAGUCACUUUUCCAACCCAAAUUCUCCCUCAGAGUGCUCAGCACAGCACUCCAAAUUCCUGCUACUUAACACAACUCUCACAACUGGGGAUUGUUUUUUCCAGCCCCAAAUCCUGGACUUGGGCUGUGACUUACCCUAGAACUCAUUUUAUCCAGAAUUCAGGCAUAGAGAGGAACAUUUUAGCCUUGUGGCCCAAGGCAGGUGAGAAAAGUCCCUCAUUUUAUAAUUUUUAAGCCCAACUCCUGUUUCAGAAGGAAGGCAGAGGAAAAGCCUGUGUGGAUCCUGUCUGCUGCUGGGCUCUGGCCCAAGCCAGGCUUGGGAUUUUUUGGGAGCUAAUUCCCACUCUGGUUUGUGGAGGGUGAUGGAGCCCCUCAUGGCACAGGCUGGAGAGCAGAGGAUGCACUGGGGCCACAUCCCUCCUUGCCUGGAGCCUUGGCUUUUCCCUGUCUGCAGGAUGCUGGUGAGAAGCCAGG